GUUCCGCUAAUUGAUAGGCUAGGACUCAUUCUAUAUAAGCGCUGGACGAAGCGGCCGACGCUUUCCCCGGCAGUCAGCGGAUCGGGACACGGAAAGCUGGCAGGCUGAAAAAAGCGUUCAGCUCACCGGACGGACUUUCUGGCUUUUGACCCUUUAGCUGUGGUUACACGGAUUUGCGUGGGACAAUGAGCUCGGUGGCGGUUCUUACCCAGGAAAGCUUCGAUGAACAUCGCAGUGGGCUGACCCAACAAUCGGUCAGAGUGGCAGCGAUUGGAUCUGAGGAGGAAAGUGAUCCCCCCACUUACAAAGAUGCAUUCCCACCCCUCCCGGAAAAGGCUGUUGGCAGCGAGACACCUUCUGAGCCUGCAGGUGCAUGGAGCAAAAUUCGGCCUAUCAAGUCUUCCGUUAUCACUCAGGUGUUCCAUGUCCCUCUGGAAGAACGUAGGUACAAGGACAUGGCUCAGUUUGGGGAGGGCGAGCAGGCCAAGAUUUGCUUAGACAUCAUGCAGAAGACUGGGGCUCAGCUGGAGCUUUCCCUGGCCAAAGAUCAAGGCUUGUCUAUCAUGGUUUCUGGAAAGCUUGAUUCUGUAAUGAAAGCAAGAAAAGAGAUAGUGACACGGCUGCAGACUCAGGCAUCUGCCUCCAUCGGUAUCCCCAAGGAACACCACCGUUUUGUAAUUGGUAAAAGUGGAGAUAAGCUUCAGGACUUGGAACUGAAAACCGCUACCAAGAUUCAAGUCCCCCGGCCCGAUGAUGUCAGUAACCUGAUUAAGAUCACUGGCACCAAAGAGGGCAUUGAAAAAGCGCGGCAUGAGAUUCUGCUCAUCUCAGCCGAGCAGGAUAAACGAGCAGUGGAACGUUUGGAGAUUGAGAAGGCCUACCACCCUUUCAUUGCUGGACCCUACAACAAAACGGUGAAUGACCUCAUGCACGAAACUGGAACAAGAAUAAACAUCCCCCCCCCAAGUGUUAACAAAACUGAAAUAGUUUGCAUGGGCGAGAAAGAUCAGCUGGCCCAGGCCGUGGCAAGAAUCCGGCAAAUUUAUGAAGAAAAGAAGAAGAAAACCACCAGCAUCGCAGUAGAAGUGAAGAAAUCCCAACACAAGUAUGUCAUUGGCCCUAAAGGAAACAGCCUACAGGAGAUCCUAGAGCGUACAGGAGUGUCUGUGGAGAUACCGCCCAGUGAUAGCAGCUCAGAAACAGUCAUUUUGCGGGGUGAGCCUGAAAAACUAGGACAGGCACUGACUGAAGUAUAUGCUAAGGCGAACAGCUUCACUGUGGCCACAGUCUCUGCUCCAUCAUGGCUGCAUCGGUUCAUAAUUGGCAAAAAAGGACAAAAUUUGGCAAAGAUCACACAGCAGAUACCAAAGGUGCACAUCGAGUUUACAGAAGGAGAAGACAAGAUUUCUCUGGAGGGCCCCACAGAAGAUGUUGCUGUGGCCCAGCAGCAGAUGGAAGUGCUUGUCAGUGAUCUGAUCUCCAGGAUGGAUUUUGCCGAGAUUAAUAUCGACCACCGAUUCCACAGACACCUCAUUGGAAAGAGUGGAACAAACAUUAAUAGGAUAAAGGAGCUGUACAAAGUGUCUGUAAGGAUUCCCCAGGACACUGAGAAGAGCAGUCAGAUUCGAAUUGAAGGAGAUCCCCAAGGUGUGCAGCAAGCAAAGAAAGAGCUGCUGGAGCUGGCUUUACGAAUGGAAAACGAGCGCACAAAGGACCUGAUCGUUGACCAGAAAUUCCAUCGAACAAUAAUUGGGCAAAAAGGUGAAAGAAUCCGGGAGAUUCGUGAGAAAUUCCCUGAUGUAAUCAUUAAUUUCCCCGAUCCUACUACCAAAAGCGACAUUGUGCAGCUGCGUGGCCCCAAGAAUGAGGUGGAGAAGUGUACAAAGUAUCUGCAGAAGAUGGUAUCAGAGAUGGUGGAGAACAGUUAUUCCAUCUCUGUACCAAUCUUCAAGCAGUUCCACAAAAACAUCAUUGGAAAGGGUGGUGCCAAUAUUAAGAAGAUUCGGGAAGAGUGUAACACUAAAAUUGACCUCCCAGCUGAGAACAGCAACUCGGAAAUGAUUGUCAUUACUGGGAAGAAACCCAACUGUGAGGCUGCAAGGGAUAGGAUUCUGGCUAUUCAGAAGGAACUGGCUAACAUAACUGAACUGGAGGUCAGCAUUCCAUCUAAACUGCACAACUCCCUUAUCGGCGCUAAGGGGCGCUUUAUCCGAUCGAUUAUGGAGGAGUGUGGAGGUGUGCACAUCCAUUUCCCGAGUGAGGGCUCUGGAAGUGAUACAGUGCUUAUUCGUGGACCAGCUCAGGAUGUUGAGAGGGCCAAAAAACAGCUGCUUCAACUGGCAGAAGAAAAGCAAACAAAGAGCUUUACUGCAGAGCUCAGAGCUAAACCAGAAUAUCACAAGUUCUUAAUUGGUAAAGGAGGAGGAAACAUCCGGAAGGUGCGCGACCAAACUGGAGCCCGUAUAAUCUUCCCCACUGCUGAAGAUAAAGACCAGCAGCUUAUCACCAUUGUGGGCACAGAAGAGGCCGUAAAGGAAGCUCAGAAGGAACUGGAAAUGCUAAUCCAAAGUUUGGAUAACAUAGUUGAAGACACCAUGGCUGUGGACCCUAAGCAUCACCGUCACUUUGUAAUCAGACGAGGACAAGUGCUCCGCGAUAUUGCUGAAGAAUAUGGUGGUGUCACAGUUAGCUUCCCUCGUUCUGGGGUGCAGAGUGACCGUGUUACUUUGAAGGGUGCAAAGGAGUGUGUUGAGGCUGCCAAAAAACGGAUCCAAGAUAUCAUUGAAGAUUUGGAAGCUCAGGUCACCAUAGAGUGCAUAAUUCCCCAACGAUUCCAUCGAUCACUUAUGGGUCUUAAAGGUUCUCGUAUCCAGCAGAUAACAAGAGAACAUGGUGUGCAGAUCAAGUUCCCUGACCGAGAAGAAAACCCUCAGGCUGCCACCAAUGCUGAGUCACCAGCCCAAGAAAAUGGAGAAGGGGCUGAAAAUAAAGUUGUUGCAGACCCAGGCUCCCCUAAGAAAUGUGACAUCAUUGUCAUCUCUGGGCGUAAGGAGAAGUGUGACUCUGCUUACGAAGCUUUAAAGGCUCUUGUUCCUGUCAGCAUUGAGGUGGAUGUCCCAUAUGAUCUUCAUCGUUACAUCAUUGGACAGAAAGGUACAGGUAUCCGCAAGAUGAUGGAUGAGUUUGAGGUCAAUAUCCAAGUGCCAGCCCCAGAACUGCAGUGUGACAUAAUUACCAUCACUGGGCUUUCCACUAACCUGGAUCGCGCCAAAGCUGGCCUUCUUGAUAGAGUGAAGGAGCUACAGGCUGAGCAGGAAGACAGGGCCUUGAGAAGCUUUAAACUGGUGAUCUCUGUCGAUCCUAAGUAUCACCCUAAAAUUAUUGGCCGCAAAGGUACAGUCAUCAGCCAAAUCCGCACUGAACAUGAUGUCAACAUCCAGUUUCCAGAUAAGAGUGAUGAAAACCAGAUCACCAUCACUGGUUAUGAGAAGAAUACAGAAGCUGCUAAAGAGGCAAUCAUGCAAAUUGUUGGGGACUUGGAGCAAAUGGUGUCUGAAGAAAUUACCUUGGAUCACCGUGUCCAUGCCCGGAUUAUUGGUGGGAAAGGCAAAGCCAUACGCAAGAUCAUGGAUGAAUUUAAGGUGGAUAUUCGCUUCCCUCAGAGUGGAGCCCCCGAUCCCAACCUUGUGACCGUGACAGGCAAACCUGAGGAUGUCGACGAAGCCAUUGACCAUCUUCUGAAUUUGGAGGAAGAAUAUAUGUCUGACGUGGCAGAGAACGAAGCGAUGCAGUCUUACAUGAAGCCACACUCUCAGGAAGAGAACAAACCCCAGCCAUCCAAGGGCUUCGUUGUACGUGAUGCCCCCUGGGCAUCAGGAGCCAGUAAUGACAAGGCUCCUGACAUGACCAGCUCAGAGGAUUUCCCCAGCUUUGGAGCUCCAGUGGCCCACAAGACCUCUCCAUGGGGCCCAAAAAGACAUGGUGGUGGAAAAGGCUUAAUGCCUGCUGACAUGUCUGCUUCCUGUUAACUCUCCUGUUGCGGUGUCUGAAUCACUUGACCUGUCAUCCCCUUAUCUCCUUCCCCCAUCCCUUUCCUCUGCCUUCCAGGAUCCUAUGACAGUCACUGCUGCAAGGGUUUACCUGGCACUUCUGGUUCUUCACAAAAGCAAAAAUUUGGUAUUUGAGUUACCUGCUAGAAAGAGCCCAUGAUUGCACCUGUAGUGAUGCUAAGUCUUGCUACACACCAUCAGCUAUAGUAGAAGUCCUUUCCCAAGUUGUAUAUACUGCCACUACAGCCUUUCGCCAGUUGCUAGAUAUCUGGAGUAAGUGUAGCGUCUGCUGAAUGGCUGAAACUACCGCUCCAAUUUUAUGGAAUAUUGUCUGUCCCUAGGAUCCAUAUGGAAACGUAUAGUCCAUUUGUCCUUUUUAGUACUUGGUCGAAAACUGUUAAGUGUGCAGCUAUACUUGGCCAUCUCCUAACCAGACUUGGAUGAUGCAGGUAAUGCUAUUAUCUGAUGUGUAAAAUACCAUGGUUCUAAUUGACAUACUGUCCUGCUACAGCACAGAAUGUAUUAUGAAGUGCCCUGUAACCCUUUCACUGCCAGAGCCAUUUGUGAGGGAGGGAUAUGCACAAAGGGGGGAGUGUUGAAGGUGUAUUUGCUUCCCCCUCCCCAUCCUCUCAUCCGGUUUUAUGACAUUACAGCUAAUCAUGGUCCAGGCCGUGGAGAAGCCUAGAAUUAUACACCAGUGGCAUCAGGAUGAAACUUUGCCUUCUGCUGCUAAAGAACAACCUUGCCAUGAGCUGACGAAAGGAUUGAAAAGCCCACCACAUCUCUCUAGUCCCGUCACAGCCCUUUCUCUUGUCCCCUUACCUCUGAUGCCGGGGGAAAGGAUCAUAUGUUUUGUCCUGUUUGGGUGGGGGGUUAACAUUAGUUCCAGGUUUUUUCCAGACCUCUCCUCAGCCCCCUUACUCCUUGGACAUUUCUACUUACUGUGCCUCAGUAUCAACUUCCUGUACACAAAGGUCAGGAAAUAAACAUCCUUUAAAAGCCA